UUGUCGCUGCAGGUGGAGCAGCUGCUGCACCAUCAGCGCUCGCGGUACCAGGACAUCCUUGUCUUCCGCAGUAAAACCUACGGCAACGUCCUGGUGUUGGACGGCGUCAUCCAGUGCACCGAGAGGGACGAGUUCUCCUACCAGGAGAUGAUCGCCAACCUGCCCCUCUGCAGCCACCCCAACCCACGCAAGGUGCUGAUCAUCGGGGGUGGGGAUGGAGGCGUCCUGCGGGAAGUGGUGAAGCACCCCUCCGUGGAGGCCGUGGUCCAGUGUGAGAUUGACGAGGAUGUCAUUCAAGUCUCUAAGAAGUUCCUACCGGGCAUGGCUGUUGGCUACUCCAGCCCAAAACUGACCCUCCACGUGGGAGACGGUUUUGAGUUCAUGAAGCAGAACCAGGAUGCCUUUGACGUCAUCAUCACGGACUCCUCAGACCCCAUGGGUAAGCGAGCUGCCCGCCCCCUCCAACGCCUUACCCCAGCCGCCCCGCACCACGGCUCGGGCCUGGGGGAGUGGGGUGCUGGCCUUGGCCCACUGAGGCCCCAGUUUCCUCUUCGACCCUGACAAGCCAGCUCUGGAGUGACAGUGGAGGCCUGAGUGAGGGGCUCAGUACCCCCCACUGUGAUGGGGAGUUGAAAUGCGCCUGCCCCCCAAGGCACCAUCCUUGGGGUUAGGUUGUUUUCUAAGGUUCACAGACUUGGGUUCAAAUCCCCACUCUGCAGGGGUGACAGUGAG